UCUCGCACAAAUUAUCGUCCUCAAAUCACAGCAACCAGCCAACCAUACAAAUUGUCAAGUCCAAGACGCAUUGGCGCAAUAUCCGAAAUCUCAUCUCUCCAUUCGGUCAGUAAUGGCGGCAAUCUGCAAUGCUGACGAAAUCACAUCUCCUCUCUGCGGUGAUUCAAUGGAAGACAAAACAACGAAUUUACCGAAGCCACUGGAGUACAUGUCGUGUAUUGCCCAUUUGGGAAUUUUCGGAAUAUUAGGGGUUUUAGCAAGGUAUUUGUUGCAAAAGCUGUUUGGCCCUGGUGUUGCUAAUGUGACAGGUGACCAUAGCAUACUAUACCUCGAUCUUCCAUCAAACAUGAUUGGUUCUUUCUUGAUGGGUUGGUUGGGUGUUGUUUUCAAAGAAGACAUAUCAAGUGGUGUGUCUGAUUUUCUAGCUAUUGGAUUGUCCACUGGUUUUCUUGGCAGCCUCACAACUUUCAGUGGAUGGAAUCAGAAAAUGCUUGAUUUGAGUGUCAAUGGUGAUUGGCUCUUCUGUUUGCUUGGAUUUCUAAUUGGGUUCUUUCUUGUUUGUUAUUCCAUCAUUUUUGGGAUUGAGACAGCCAAAGGUUUCAAAUGGGUUCUCAAAAGGAUGAACAACAAGGGUAGUUCAAAGACUGGAACCAAUCAUUCUAAUUCCAUCAACAAGUGGUGGAUACAAUUGGUGGUUUUGAUAGUGUUGAUGAUAAUAUUAGCCUUGUUGUGGAGUAUAAGUGGAAUAUUACUAGUGAAGGAGUUCAACAGGAACAAUGCAAGAGCUCAACUAUGUUUGGCUUGUGUGGUUGGACCCUUUGGGGUUUGGGUUAGGUGGCUCUUGGCUAGACUAAAUGGGUGCGGUUUGGGAAGGAGGGAGAGGAUGAAAUGGGUGCCAUUUGGGACAAUGAUUGCCAAUGUUUCUGCAGCUUGUGUCAUGGCUGCACUUGCAAUUAUCAUAAAAGAAGUGAACACAAGCACUUGCAAUACCAUUGUGACAGGAAUUCAGUUUGGGUUUUUGGGUUGUUUGAGUACUGUUUCUACUUUUGUUGCAGAGUUUAAUGCAAUGAGCGAAAGCAACCAUCCUUGGAGAGCUUAUGCAUAUGCUCUAAUGACAAUAGGUUUGUCAUUUGGAUUAGGAACUCUGAUAUAUUCUGUACCUGUUUGGACAAGACCAUAUAGCUAGUCCUUCGAGGCUCUUUUUGUGAUAAAUGAUUCUUCUGUUGUAAUUCUUGCAAUAAAUACUU